AUUUUCUCAUCAUUUCUGAUCUAACUCGAGUGCUCGAAGGUUGUAUUUGUAUUUUAUUUCUAAGAAGCUUAAAAAUGUCUGGACGUGGAAAGGGCGGAAAAGUGAAAGGAAAAACAAAGUCUCGCUCGAAUAGAGCUGGAUUACAAUUUCCAGUUGGUCGUAUUCAUCGAUUGUUACGAAAAGGUAAUUACGCUGAACGCGUCGGUGCUGGAGCACCAGUUUACUUGGCUGCCGUAAUGGAGUAUCUUGCUGCUGAAGUUUUGGAAUUGGCUGGUAAUGCCGCUCGUGAUAACAAAAAAACCAGAAUUAUUCCAAGACAUUUGCAAUUGGCAAUUCGUAAUGACGAAGAAUUGAAUAAAUUAUUAUCUGGUGUGACGAUCGCUCAAGGAGGAGUUUUACCAAAUAUCCAAGCUGUUUUAUUGCCCAAAAAGACAGAGAAGAAAGCAUAAUUAAUAAUUGCCGAAUGAGAACGAUCAUUUUAAAGGAUACAAUAAUUAAUGUUUCAUGCCUCACAAAUAUUUCUAAAUACAUGUACGAAUAAAAUGUUUUGAUUGAUUUAUGAAAUAUUUUUGGCGGGACGUUCAUAUAAAAGGGUAAAAAGGUUAAGUGCAUUUAGAAAAUUAAUAUCAAAGUUUUACUUUAGAAAUAUUUACAAGAAAAAAAUUAAAUGGGACCAAAUUUUAAAAACAUCAAAUAUUUCAAAUCUAAAAUCUUUAGACAAAUAUGUUAUAUUUAUUCAAGAUUUAUGUGGCGUUGUCCCAACUUUAAUCGUAUUAAAAAUAAAAAAAGCAAUAUUAUGGUACGUUAAAACAUCAUUAAAUACACUGGAAUGAAACAUAAUUUCUAUCUAAUUUAUUUAAAUAAGAUCGAGUGACGAAAUCGACAUAAAUAAUUAUAAGCGUAUAUAUAAUAUAUAUAUAUACAUAACUAAGUUAUAUAUAUAUAUAUAUAACUUCUAUGAUCUUCGCGUGAAUAUGAUACACAAAGUGUAGAUUUUCUAUUUAUGUAUAAUUUGUAUGUGUUUUACUACUUGUAACCAUACACAAUCCAUACAUGUUACUUUGAAAAUGAUAAAUGACUACUUUUCGCUAUUUCAUAUUUGUCCAUAGUAAAUACUUAUAUGGCUACUCAAUGACUAUGUAUAAUAUGUAUAUAUGUAUACGUGUAAUGUAAAAUAAUAUGCUUUUUUUUUGUUUUGUUUUGUUUUGUUUUGUUUUGUUUUAUAAAGUACAGUACUGUGAGAGAGUACGAUUUACAAGAAAUAAAUUACAUUACAAUGCUA